UAUGGAGAAUUCCCACAGCGAUAAUGACUGCAGUGUUUUUUCAGAGCAUUAAGAAAAGUCUAACUGUGUAGAGUAUUUUUUUUCUCUCCACCCAAAUUCGUACUCGCCUGAAAACGGGUGUGUGUAAAUAGACUAAUCCGGUUUGGUAUGCUAAUCACAGCAUGGUGCAACACAGGCGCUGUACAGUACUGCAUCAAUGCAGCCAGUUAAUCUUUAACACACUUAUUCCAGUUACCAUAAUUACAUCUGUUAUAUGAAAAGGGAGUUUUACAGUAUUACCUGUAAUGGAAAUGCUUAAUUUUUGCUUCAGAGACAUUACAGGCUGGAUAAACUGUCAUAAAUCUGAACAUGCAAAUCUCUCCAAGUUGAUUGGCCAAUGCUUUGGGGGAGCCUUUCAGCGGAAACUCCAAAGACUCUGAAAGUUCUGUUCAGUAGAGAAUGGACGUCUAGCUUAACAGAGCUGUUCAGAGCAGUUUAGUGGAGCAGCCUUGGAUCCUGACCUCUUGAACUUACCUGUAGUAACCUGAGGUAUUGCAUCACUGCAGGUAAGCAUGAAGUUUGAGAACAUUCUGACUGAGACAGAUGGGUUCGGGCGCUACCAGAUUGCGAUACUUGCUCUGCUGGUGUUUCCACGCAUGACCCUCCCAGGUCACUUCCUGCUGAACAACUUCAUUGGCGCCAUCCCCUCCCACCACUGUGAUUUCAGCUCUCUGGACACUUAUGGUAUUUUUGAGAAUUUGACUCAGGAGCAGAGACUGACUGUCAGUAUUCCUCAACACGAAGAUGGAACCUUCGCUUCCUGUCACAUGUUUUCAGAAGCUCAGUUCCACCUGCUGACAAAUACUUCGAACACUACAGAGCUUCCUGUGGUCCGCUGUCAGGAUGGAUGGCACUUUGACCACAGCACUUUUAAAUCAACGCUGGCCACCCAGUUUGAUCUGGUUUGUGACACCAAGGGACUGAACAAAGCCUCGGCCACCAUUUUCUUCACCGGCGUCAUGUUUGGGGCUGUGUUCUUUGGUGUUAUGAGUGACAAGUAUGGCCGCAGGAGCAUGCUGUUGCUCUCUUAUAUCACAUCUAUAGUCUUCAGUGUGGCCAGUGCCUUCUCUACAAGCUUCCCCAUGUUUGCAACAUUUCGUUUUCUGACUGGCUUCAGCCUGGCUGGAAUCAGCAUAAUAUCCAUCGUCCUCAGUAUUGAGUGGGUGGACAUUGAGCACCGCACCUUUAUAGGUGUGAUUGGUAGCAUGUUUUGGACAGUGGGCAACAUGCUGCUCGGUGGCAUCGCUUAUCUUGUCACUGACUGGAGAUUGCUGAUCAUCACAGUUACCUCCCCUCUGUUGCUCGCUGGAGCCACCUGGUGGUGGAUUCCUGAGUCUGCUCGGUGGCUGAUCGUCAAUGGGCGGACAGAUCGGGCCUAUUCGUACCUGCAGAAGUGUGCCAGUGUUAAUGGCAAAGAAGAGUUCACAUCCAAAGUCAAACUAGAGACCCUUUCAUCUGUUGCAGAAGUAGAUAACCACGGUCACAAUUACACUUACUUUGAUUUAAUCAAAACUCCACGCUUAAGAAGGCUGACCCUCUUCACAGGCAUAGUGUGGUACGGUGUGGCCUCCACAUACUAUGGCAUCAGUUUAAACCUCAAAGGCUUUGGCCUGAACCUCUACCUGACCCACUUCAUCUACAGCGCCAUAGAAGCACCAGCUAAGUUCUUUAUCUACUUCAGCCUGCAGAAGAUUGGCAGAAGACCUAAUCAAGUGGGCACAUUGUUACUGACUGGAAUCUGCAUCUUCAUCAACAUUGUUGUGCCUAAAGAAUAUUGGACGUUCCGCACCAUUAUAGCAGUGUUGGGUAAAGGGCUGUCUGAAGCUUCCUUUACCACAGUGUUCCUGUACACCACAGAGCUCUACCCUACAGUCUUACGGCAGAACGGGUUGGGCUACAACAGCUUCGUAGCUCGACUGGGCGCCUCAAUCUCUCCCCUCAUCAUGUUACUGGAGGAUGUGUGGCGCCUCCUCCCUCAGGUAGUCUUUGGCACAGUGGCCAUCGUCUCCGGCCUGGUGGCAUGCCUCCUCCAAGAAACCAACAACACUCGACUGCCUGAGACCAUUGAGGACAUUGAAAAAACAAGAAAUCAAUCUGCCACCACACAAGAUCAGAGUGAUAUCCCACUGAAAACUGCAGCCCCUGCGGAAAAGGACCAUUAACACUAACAUGCCCACGCAUAGCUCAAUUUAAACUUUAACUUUCAGUGUGUUAAUAAAAAAAUGCCUUAAUAAAAACUGACAUUACUAACCUG